AUGGACCGAGUGGGCAGCGAUUCCCGAAAAACGCAUCAUACUGCUGAAGCAGACAGCAAGGCAAUGGCCGAGCACGGACAUCACAAGGCACACGAACACCCGCAUCACGUAGCGCCUAAACAUCCUGAACAUGAACAUCCACAUCACGUAGCACCGCAUCAUCCAGCGCCUGAACACCCACGCCACGUAUCGCCCAAGCAUCCUCAUCAUGUGUCACGGGAACAGUCCAGGCAGUGGUCACUGGAUGUCACACGAGAAAUC